AUGGAAGAAAUGACGCAGUGGCUUCCGGUUGCCGUGGCCGUGCUCGUCCUCCUCGCCGCAGCCGCCACUCACCUGCGCAGCAGCAGCAGCAGGCACUGCGCAGGCAACACCCGCCGCACCGUGCCAGUCCCGGUCCCGGCAACAAUCGAGGUCAGAGACCCCGAGGCCGCCCGGCGCAUGAUCGUCGACCACGCCGACACCUUCUCCGACCACCCCGCCGUGCCCUUCCCCGUGGACCUGGACGCCGGCCACCCCAAGACGACCAGCAUCAACAGCGCGCCCUACGGCCCGCUCUGGCGCGCGCUCCGCUGCAACCUCACCGCCGGCGUCCUCCACCCUUCGCGCCUCGCCCACCUCGCGCCGCUCCAGCGCGACGCCGUCGAGUCCCUCGUCGCGGACCUCGCCGCCCGGGGCCGAGGAGGAGCGGGCCGUGCUCGUGAUGAGGUCGUCGCCGUCCGCGACGCCCUGUACACCGCCGUGUUCAAGGUUGUGGCGCGCAUGUGCUUCGGCGACGACGGCAUCGGCGAGCGCGACGUUCGCGCCAUGCAGCGCACGCUGCGCGAGUUCUUCCACUCCGGCGUGGACGCCAGGCGCCUGGCGAGCUCGAGGCUGGCGAGGCUCCUGCACUGGAGGCAGUGGCGAUACCUGGUCGGCACGCGCGGCCGCCUGGCCGAGGUCUUCGUCCCUGCCAUCGCGGCGCGACGUCGUCGUCUCCGGCGUAGCGACGGCGGCGGUGUCCGCUCAUACGUUGACACGCUCCUCGACCUUCGCGUACCCGACGACGACGACGACGAAGAUGGCGAACCGUCGUCCGGCUCCGGUGGCAGCGCCCGGCGGCGCGCGCUUAGGGACGACGAGAUGGUGAGGCUCGUCUGGGAGUUCCUGGGAGCCGGCACGGAGACGGUGGUGGCGUGCGUCGAGUGGACGCUCGCGCGCCUCGUCGCGCACCCGGAGGUCCAGGAGAAGCUCCACCGCGAGCUCAGCGCCGGCGACCAGCGGAGCCUCCAAGACUUGCCGUACCUGCGCGCCGUCAUCCUCGAGAGCCUGCGGCUGCACCCGCCGGUGCCAUUCAUCUUGCGCGACGUCGUCGGCCUACCUGAGGGCGCGGCGGCGGCGGCGGCGGCGGUUGGGAAAGCAGUCGCACUCCCACCGCGCAACGGCGCACCGGUGCGCUUCGUGUUCAUGGCAGAGGACAUCGGGAGGGACCCCAAGGCGUGGACGGACGCCGAGGAGUUCAGGCCGGAGCGGUUCGUCGGCGGCGGCGAAGGGGAGGACGUGAGCCCUAUUCCAGGGCGCAAGCAGAUCAGGAUGAUGCCGUUCGGAGCCGGGCGCAGGCACUGCCCCGGCGCGGGGCUUGCGGUGAUUCAAGCCAAGUGCUUCGUGGCCGCGCUCGUGCGCGAGUUCGAGUGGGCGCCGCCGGCGAGAGGAGGCGGCGGCGUUGACCACACGCCCACCAACGCGCUGUUCUUGAAGGUGAUGGCGUCGCCGCUUCGAGCGCGCAUCGUGCCACGCCGGUCUUAG